CACGGAGGCUCCUCCAUGAUCAUGGCAGAGCAGGAUGAGAUGUCCACCUUUUUCCAAUUUGGGGCCUCCAUCCAACAGGAGGCCAUCACCAUGCUGAAGUUCAUGCAGUACUACGACUGGCACAUCUUCUCCGUGGUGACCAGCAUUUUCCCCGGCUACCGGGACUUCAUCAGCUUCGUCAAGCACACUGUGGAGAAUAGUUUUGUGGGCUGGGACAUGCAAAGCGUCGUCACUCUCGACGCGGCCAUCGGAGAUGCCAAGUCCACAAUUCAGCUGAAGAAGAUCCACUCUUCGGUCAUCCUGCUCUAUUGCUCCACGGACGAGGCCGCCUUCAUCCUGGACGAGGCCCGGUCCCUGGGCUUGACAGGCUACGACUUUUUCUGGAUUGUCCCCAGCUUGGUCAGUGGGAAGAUGGAAACCGCCCCCGACAAUUUUCCGGCGGGGCUGAUUUCAGUGGCCUACGAUGGGUGGGACUACAGUUUGGAUGCUCGUAUCCGGGAUGGCCUUGGGAUUAUCACAACGGCCGCUGCAGCCAUGCUGGAGAAGUAUUCCUUCAUCCCUGAGGCCAAGACCAGUUGCUACGGGCAGUCGGAGUACAAUGAGCAGCCAUCUCACAUGCUUCACAAGUUUAUGAUGAACGUGACCUGGAAAGGCAGAGACUUAUCCUUCACCACGGAUGGCUACCAAGCCCAGCCGCGGCUCGUGGUCACCGUCCUCAAUGAGAGCCGGGCCUGGGAGAAGGUGGGCGAAUGGGAGAACCAGACGCUGACCCAUAAGUACUCCGUGUGGCCCCGGUUCAACUCCUUCAACGACAGCGACCCCGAUCACAACCACCUCAGCAUCGUCACCCUGGAGGAGGCUCCCUUUGUCAUCGUGGAGGACAUGGACCCCUUGACUGAGACCUGUGUGAAGAACACGGUGCCCUGCCGGAAGUUCGUCGUCAUCAACAACAUCACCAAAGAAGGGAAGAACCUGAAGAAAUGCUGCAAAGGGUUUUGCAUCGACAUCCUGAAGAAGCUCUCGAGGACCAUCAAGUUCACCUACGACCUCUACCUGGUGAUCAAUGGGAAGCACGGGAAGAAGAUCAAUAACGAGUGGAAUGGGAUGAUUGGGGAGGUGGUCAAAAAGCAGGCCGUGAUGGCGGUGGGGUCCCUCACCAUCAACGGGGAGCGCUCGGAGGUGGUGGAUUUUUCGGUGCCCUUUGUGGAAACUGGGAUUAGCGUCAUGGUCUCGCGGAGCAACGGCACCGUUUCCCCGUCUGCUUUUUUAGAGCCCUUCAGCGCCUCGGUCUGGGUGAUGAUGUUCGUCAUGCUGCUGGUUGUCUCGGCCAUCGCCGUCUUCAUCUUCGAGUACUUCAGCCCGGUGGGCUACAACCGCAACCUGGCCCAGGGCAAAGAUGCUCACGGGCCCUCCUUCACCAUCGGGAAGGCCGUGUGGCUCCUGUGGGGCCUGGUGUUCAACAACUCCGUCCCGGUGCAGAACCCCAAGGGCACCACCAGCAAAAUCAUGGUCUCGGUCUGGGCGUUCUUCGCCGUCAUCUUCUUGGCCAGCUACACGGCCAACCUGGCUGCCUUCAUGAUCCAGGAGGAGUUUGUGGACCAAGUCACGGGGCUGAGUGACAAGAAGUUUCAGCAGCCCUACGCCUACUCCCCUCCCUUCCGCUUCGGGACGGUCCCCAACGGGAGCACCGAGAGGAACAUCCGCAACAACUACAAGGAGAUGCACGCGUACAUGGUGAAGUACAACCAGAAGGGCGUGGAGGACGCCCUGGUCAGCCUGAAAACCGGGAAGCUGGACGCUUUCAUCUACGACGCGGCCGUACUGAACUACAAGGCCGGGCGGGACGAAGGCUGCAAGCUGGUGACCAUUGGCAGUGGCUACAUCUUUGCCACCACGGGCUACGGCAUCGCUCUGCAGAAGGGGUCUCCCUGGAAGAGGGCCAUCGACCUGGCGCUGCUGCAGUUUGUGGGAGACGGGGAGAUGGAAGAGCUGGAGACCCUCUGGCUGACCGGCAUUUGCCACAACGAGAAGAAUGAGGUCAUGAGCAGCCAGCUGGACAUCGACAACAUGGCGGGCGUCUUUUACAUGCUGGCCGCCGCCAUGGCGCUCAGCCUGAUCACCUUCGUGUGGGAGCACCUGUUUUACUGGAAGCUGCGGUUCUGCUUCACCGGGAUGUGCUCCGACCGGCCAGGGCUGCUCUUUUCCAUCAGCAGGGGUAUCUACAGUUGCAUCCAUGGGGUCCACACUGAGGAGAAGAAGAAGUCCCCCCACUUCACCCUGACCAGUUCUCAGACCAACAUGUUGAAGCUCCUGCAGACGGCCAAGAACAUGACCAACGUGAACCCCGGGCGGAUCAAUUCCCCGCAAAGAGCGGCCGAAUUCAUCCGCCGUGGAUCGUUAAUGAUGGACCUGAUGAUGGAAAAAGGCAGCUUCAUCUUCUCGGACAGCAACCGCCCUCUGACCCCCAAGGAGAACAUCUUCAGCGACAACACGAAUGAACUGCAGACCUUCCCUGCAAACCGCCACCCUGACACCCUCAACAACUACGUCUUCCAAGGGCCGCACCCCCUCACGCUGCACGAGUCCAACCCGAACACGGUGGAGGUGGCCAUGGCCACCGAGGCCAAGGAGAACUCCCGCCCGAGGCAGCUGUGGAGGAAAUCGCUGGAGUCGCUGCGCCAAGACUCCCUCCGGCAGAGUCACGGUUCUCAGAGGGACGAGGGCACGGGGGGCAGUCAGCGGCACUCCCUGAAAGGCCCCAGGUACCUCCCAGAAGACGACCCCUCGGACGCCUCGGACGCCUCGAGCAGAGCCACCGGCCACGUUGAGGGGGAGAGCAACAGCAAACCCCUCAAGACCAAGGACAACGCGAAGAAGAGGCCUGUCUCCAAGUACCCCAAGGACUGCAGCGAGGUGGAGCUGACCUACCUGAAGAGCAAGCAGGCUCUACCCCGGGACAAAAUCUACAUCAUCGAGGCGGACAAGCCGCACACGUUCCACCUGGACGUUCCCCCAGAGUAUGCGGAGACCAUCAUCCUUCCUGAGCUGGCUGACUUUCCCAACCUCUAUCAGGAUCGCAGUGACAGCCCCCGGGCCCCCGAGCAGAGCAACCAGAUCCCCUUGACCAGCGGGGAAAACCUUCCAAGUAACGGCCAGUACAAGCUCUACCCAAAGCACUACGGCGCGAAAGACAAGAACGUGGCCUACAGUGAAGCGAACGAGCGGUCCCGGCAGAAGGCCACCCACUGCCGGAGCUGCCUGACCAGCCUGCCCAGUUACGCAGGGCACUACUUCAGCCGGUCACCCUACCGGUGUGGUGCCUGCGUGCGGAUGGGCAGCCUCUACGACAUCGAGGAGGGCCAAAUGCUGCAGAGCCCUGCCAACGCCAGGCCCCGGGAAGAAGCGGGCCAGCCGGACUGGGCCCAGGAGGAGGGGAGCCAGCCGCCCCGGAAGAGCAAGCUGCCGAUCAGCAGGCAGCGCUCGUUCGACAACCUCUUCAGCAAACACCGGGACGGCAACGGGGGCAGAACGGCCCGUAGCAUCAGCCUGAAAGAGAAGGAGAGGCUUCUGGAAGGGGGCCCCUACGCCACCCUCUUCAGGGCCCCCCAAAGCAAACACUCGGGCGGCAAGCUCCCGCUCUUCUCGCGCACGUUGGACGAUGGUAAGAGGAUCAAGUCGCUGUACCUGGAGUGCUCGGCUGAGGACCCUUUCCUGCAUUCUUACUGUGACGACCAGCCCUCGGUGCUGGGGCCGAGUCCCGCCGGACUGCACAGGCAGCAGCCGGCCUAUGACAGCGUCUCCCGGUCGUCGGUCAAAUCGACGGCCUCAUACUGUUCCAGAGAUGGCCGGGUCCACAAUGACGGGUGUGUCUCGGAGCACGGGAUGCCUUACGCUGCCCCUCAGAACAGCCUGUACUCUGCUCCGCGAGGGCUAAACUCCUGCAGCGACCGGCGGGUCUAUAAGAGGAUCCCCAGCCUGGAGUCGGACGUGUAGCGCUGAGCUCCAGGGGGGACGUAGUUGCCGGAGGCCAGAGC